ACAUACACACACACACACACACACACACAUACACUCACAGCACAUAGCAGCGACAAUAGCAGCAGCAACAGCAACAACAAGAGAAAAUGACACAAAGGAAACUGCGCAACCCAACACCUUAUCAUCUGCUUGCUACGCAACAGCAAGACCAGCAGCAGUGGCAUCAAGAUGACUUUUCCCUCGAGGAUGAUGCCUAUCUAUCGCCACUACACGACUUUGAUGACCUGGACUACAGCAGCAGCAAGCAGUCUCCACCGGCAUCGCAGCCUACACUAACCCAUCAGCAGCAACCACAUCAGCACCAGCACCAGCACCAGCACCAACAGCAAGGCCCCCCGCCUCCGCUAGAGUACCAGCACGGUCUCUUAUCGAAUAACGAAGAAUCUCCCUCCGAGUACUCGUUUGCGUCCUCAUCACCAUCGCGGCGAUGGCCUCCUUUUCCCAUGUCCGCCCCGGCCGAGAUCGGGUUCAACGAAUUUUACUCUACCUCUUCAGGUCAUAUGAACCCGGGUGCCUUGGCAUUACAGCCGCAGCCGCCACAGCACGGGAGUUUGCAGGAUGAUUAUGCGGUUCAAAUGAAUCUGCAAAUGAUGAUGGAGAAGAAGCGGCGCAGACGCGAGUCGCACAACGCUGUGGAGAGACGACGACGGGAGAACAUUAACGAGCGGAUUCAGGAACUGGGUACUCUGUUACCGGAGCCCAUGCUGGACGAAUGCAGCAGCAACAGCGCAGGUGGUACUGGGAACAAGCCAAACAAAGGCCAUAUUCUGCGCAAAUCUGUCGACCAUAUUAAAUUGCUGCAGCAUGACGUUACCACCUACCAGCAGCGCGUCAGGGAAUUGGAAUCCGUUUUGGCCAAAUAUCAGCACCACGCAUGAACCACUUGUUCAUUUACCAUCCUCCUCCUCCCUUACUUCCGCCGUUUGUUUUCUUUCGAAAGUAGUUUGUUGUAUCAUACAUAUUCCAGUACAUAACACAUCUUCAUUGCCAUUCCUCCGUUACAUACCCUAUAUUAAACUCUGU